AUGUUAGAAAUCUUCUAUAAUGACCUCUCUGAGAUGUCCAAGAUGUCAUUAGACCACUCUGAUGGUGGCUCCCUUCACAUGAAGAAGAUGCAUGAAGAGGCACAAGAGUUUAUUGACAUAGUUGCUAACAACCAGUAUAUGUACACUUCUAAGAGGAGCCAUGUGAACAAUGGAGCAGCUCAAAAGAGAGGAGUGAUGGAGGGAUGGAGGAACCACGCUAACUUUGGCUGGAGAGAUCAGCAGAGGCCUCAACAAGGCUUCAGCAACAACCAGAGUGGAACAAACCAGAACAUGUUCCAUAAUAGACCAUUUGAACCCUCUCAGCAGCAGAAGGAGAUACCCAAGCAGAGCCUCUCUGACUUGGCUACUAUAGUCUCUAAUUUCUCCAAGACCACGCCCAGUUUCAUGACAGAAAUCAGGUCCUCCAAUAGGAAUCUGGAGAUACAGGUUGGUCAGUUGAGCAAGAAGAUCCCAGAGAUCCCUUCCAACACUCUUCCAAGCAACACAAAAGUAAAUCCAAAGGAAGAGUGCAAGGCCCUCACUAUGGAGAGAGAGGAGCCUGAAGAAUAUCCAUCUUUAGAUGAGCAAGAGGAGACUAAGGAGGAGAAAAUUGCUCGGUUUCUGGCAAUCCUUAAGAAGUUGAAAGCCGAUUCCUCCUAUGCAGAGGCGUUGGAGAAAGAACCCCCUUCCAUGGCGUGUUUGAAAGCCUCAAGGGAAAAUGAGAUUGUGGUGCUGACCAAGGAGCGCAGUGCCUUAGACCAAAAGAAGCUCCCUCAAAAGCUACCUAAUCCCGGAAGCUUCCUGAUUCCCUAUACUAUAGGGACCAUCACUUUUGAGAAGCCUACCAAGAUCUCAUUGGAGAUGGAAGACAAGUCCCUAAAAAGGGCAUAUGGCAUGGCGGAAGAUGUCCUUGUAAAGGUUGAAGACCUUUACAUCCCUGCGAAUUUUGUGAUCCUAGACACUGGAGAGGACAAAGAUGACUCCAUCAUCCUGAGAAGGCCUUUCCUAGCCACUGCUAAGGCCUUAAUUGAUGUGAAAAAAUGA